AUGCGGGAGCUCAGGCAUCACGAGCGCAAGUUGUUGAAAAAGGUUGAUUUUCUCUCGUGGAAGUCCGAGCGUGGGCACAGAGAGGUGGCGACUAUUCGACGGUAUCACUUACGCGAUCGAGACGAGUUUAAGCGGUUCAAUAAACUCUGCGGGUCGGUGACGAAACUCACCGCCGCGCUGAAAAAGUUGGAUUCGCGAGACGGCACUCGGGUGGAGGUGACGGAGGCUUUGUUAAAAAAGCUUCAUGACAUUGGAGCGAUCCCGUCGACGAAAUCGCUGGCGCUGUGCGAUCGUCUUUCGACGUCGAGCUUUUGCCGACGUCGAUUGGCGACGGUGCUCGUCAGAAACCGCAUGUGCGAGACCCUUCGCGAGGCGACGACGUUCGUCGAGCAGGGUCACGUGCGCGUGGGGGCGAACGUCGUGCGCGAUCCGGGAUUUGUAGUCACUCGAGAUAUGGAGGACUACGUGACGUGGGUGGACACGAGCAAGAUUAAGCGCAAGGUGGCGGCGUACAACGAUAAGUUGGACGACUACGAUUUGUUGGGGGAGUAA